UUUUAUUUAUUCUCCCAACUCUUUAAAUUGUAUAAUUUUCAGUCUUUUUGUCCCUGUUUGGUUUCAUAAUUUAUUCUCCCACCACUAGAACUGUUUUAUCAGUUAAUUACACUAAAGUAGGCAUGCCAAGCCAGUUGCUAGUUGGCAGUGUACCGUUUUAGAUCCUGUUUUUCUUAUUCCUCAUUAAAAAAUUAUAGCAAUGACAAACUAUAAAUUGAUCUAUUUUGACAUAAUGGGUCUAGGAGAGCCAGUUAGAUUUAUGUUAAGUUACCUCGGAAAGGAAUUCGAAGACAUAAGGAUACCAAAUUAUAAUGUUUUUUCAAAACAGUAUAAAUCAAAAAUGCCAUUUGGAAAAGUACCUCUUUUAGAAAUUGAUGGCAAAGAAACACACCAAAGUUUAUCAAUUUGCCGAUAUCUUGGACAAGAGGCUAAUUUAGCAGGUGAAAAUCGGUGGGAAUCGCUUCAAAUCGAUUCAAUCAUGGAUACAUUUUCUGAUUUUAGAGUCGCCGUUUGGUCGUAUUACUAUUGUAAAGACGAGGAUCACAAAAGCAAAAUAAAGGAUAAAGUUUUGAACGAGAUAGUACCUUAUUAUCUAGAAAAAUUUGAUGAAAUUAUACAAGAGAAUGGCUACCUGGCAAAUGGAAAGCUUUCCUGGGGUGAUAUUUAUUUCGUCGCAGUCUUAGGAUAUUUUAGUUUCAUAGCUGAAUUAGAUAUCUGCGCCAAGUACCCGAACAUUAAAGCGCUCAGAGAUAAAAUCCAUGAUUUUCCCAGCAUUCAAAAAUGGUUGGAAAAAAGGCCAAAGACUGUUUGGUAAAAAUAGAAUAAUGGAAAAAAGAUAUUUAUUGCUUUUAAUAAUUUACACGAUGUAAUUUAUACACAUUGGCUUUUAUAAUACAAUAAUUACAUAUUCAUAAGAUAGAUUUUUGAAAUUACUACUUGUGUCGUAAAUUUUACUUUUCUAAUUUGGCAUCUUUAAUUUGUUGUAAUUUUCUUUCAUUGUGAAAAAACAGUGCCAUUUGUAUUUAAACUUUUUUUUUAGAAAACAUUUAAUUGAUAUGAUGGUAAACAUUUUUAUUUAAAGCUUAGGUUUAUGGCACCUCUGGCAUAAUUACAUUAAAAAUAGAAUUUCAGUAUUAAUAUAUAUUUUUAAAAAUUGAAAAAUAUUGAAUUGAAAAAUUAAUUCAUGUCCAUAAGCAACUACUGAACAUGUUCAAGACGUACAUUUAAAAUAUGAAAAAUUUAGAAGUUUAUUAAUAAGAACAAUUUUGUUUAAGGCCUGGCUAUUUUAAGGAGACAAUAAAUAUUUUCAGUAAUUAAUUGGCACAAAGUUCAAAUUAUGCUAUUAUUAUGGAAUUUAAAUUUAUUAAAGUAUGUGUUUAUUUAAUAUCGAUGAUGUUUGGUCUUCAUUAGUUUUAUACAUGAACUAUAAAAUUUUGUAAUAAUAAUUGUUUUAGAUUCGAA